AAAUAUUUAUCCGAAUAUCUUUCCGAAAGGGAAAUUAACGAAACGCAUCCGUUGAAAUAUCUUUCGAGCCAGCCUUCUCCUUUUAUUUUUCUCUUUUCUUUUUUUUCUUUUUUUUUUUUUUUUCUACGUGCGUGCACACUAAACCUUUGAAGGUACUAUUCCUUACAUUAUCCCGAUGACAUUUCAUGGACCGAGUAGAGAGAUGCAUUUGGUUGGUGCGUACGAGGAGAUUCUCGUCGGGUUGCUCUUAGUCAACGCUUUGUGAUGCUGCUGCUGCGCGUUAUUUCGAGCGGCUCACUAAGAACGCUGAGAGUGCAGAUUUUACGUCGACCUGAGCAAGGAUGAUGUGAAUGUAGCUUUAAACGCGUUGUGUGUGUCCUGUUGAAGUGCUACCGAGAGUGAUAGCGAGAGGGAGAGAAGACAGUAUGUGAGAGAGAAAAUCUUGCGCGCGCGCGUAAAGUGCGUGUACGCAUGUGAUACCCAUGCAUGUAUGCGUCUGAGAGAGUGUACCACAUUGACAUUGGAACUGGUUUGGUUGGUUGCGAACGACAUGAACUUCGAUGAAGCAAAGAAACGAAGUCUACAUUAUAGAUUUCCAUUUUUCGAGCUUGACAUAUUGAUAGGCGAUUAUGAAGAUGCUCUAUCAAAUCCGUCGGAUAAAAGUCCAAGAUUGAAUCCAGAAUUCGCCAGUAAAUUAUCAUCCCCACGAUUCAUCAAAACCCAUAUGCCAUUUGAAUUAAUGCCUAAUCUUCUCGAUAGUAAUUGUAAGAUCGUUUACGUGGCACGUAAUCCAAAAGACAUGGUGGUGUCCUGGUAUUACUUUCUACAGGUUAUCAAGGGAUUAGAAUAUCAGGGAACUUUCGAAGAAUUUUGUGAAUACUUUAUGAAGGAUUUAACUGUUUACAGUCCCUAUUGGUUGCACUUGAAAACUGCCUGGGCUGAGAGACAUCGUUCGAACUUGCUAUUUAUAUUCUACGAAGAGCUAUUAAACGACUUAUCUAAUACCAUUAAGAAAGUGGCAAAAUUCUUUGGAAAAUCUUACAACGAAGAGGAGAUAUUGAAGCUAAUUGAUCAUCUUCAAAUAGAUAAUUUUCGAAAGAAUCCUAUGGUGAAUAUACCGUCACCUAGAAAUAACGAAAAGAUACAGCCAAGCAUGUUCAUACGGAAAGGCAAGGUCGGAGGUUGGAAAGAAAUGUUCACAAAAGAACUCGAAGAAAAAUUCGAUGCUUGGAUCGAAGAGAAUAUGAAGGACACCGAUCUAACAUUUCCAAUAGAUUUCAUUCAAAAAAAGUGAGAAGUCUUUGGAAGAAAAUAAUAUAUGCCAGAUGAAUUAUCAUUAUAAGCGAAUUAUCAUCAAAUAGAUUUUCUCACUGAA